UCAGUCGCCCUCUACAUUUGGCUCGAGUAUGCGCGUGACGAACGCGGGCAUGACGUGACGCGAGAGUCGAUACGCCGGCAGGAACCGAAGGAUGACACUCAUGCCCAGCUCCCCGACCUUGGUCAUGUUCUCGGCCGAAUCAACGAUCUCCAGAACCUUGCCUUCAGGGCUCAAGGAUAUCAGACUCAACAUGCGCGUCAAGGGCAAUGGCGCACCUGACAUACACACACAGAACACGACAAGACCUAAUGGCGUGUGUUUGCGUCGUUCUGCCUCUCUAUGUUCUUGUUGUGUUGCGUCGGUCGGUCACCUCCCAUCGUGAAGUGCGACUGGACGCCGAAGGAGGUCCUCCCAUCUGUGAUGUCCUCCACCUGGAUCACCACGUCCCGCGGCGCGGACCUCGCCAGCCUCUCGAAAUACGCACGCACCUGCCGCUUGCCUGAAUGCCAUAUAUGCACAGGAGCAUUGAAUGAGCACCAUCUGUGCCGCCACCCCUCUCUCCCUCUCCCACUCCUCCCUCCAUCGCACGCACUUUUGAAUGGCGAGAGCAUGGCCCAAUCCGAGAGGGUGCAGUCUUCAUCCAGGAGGUCCUCCAGAGUUUCCCAGUCCCGGUUAUUCAUGGCUUCGUAGUAGGCCUCUACAACGGCGCGGCCGCCACCUCCAGCCCGCCUCAGGUUCGCCAAAGAAAGGGAGUUGAGGCGGCUUGGUGGAGCCGACUUCUGACGGUCAAGUGGGGUAGAGAUGGGGGCGAUGAAGCUCUCCCUGAGAAGCAAAGAAAGAUACAUGCUGGAGGAAUGUUCUCCAUGUGUGCGGUUGGUGUCAUUGACACUGACCUCUGGCUGGAGGCCUCCCUUGAGAAUACGGUGGUGACAGCUGUUGAGGCGACGAUGAAGCAUCGCAGCAGCAGCACAGACGACGGCAUUUCCCGC